AUGGAUCCGGUCGGGCCAUGGUCCUACUCGUACAAUCGCAUACCGGGGACUGCGGGCGGUGAGUUCCAUCACCAUCUCGCAACGGCAACCGCCGGCAGUACGGCCGGUUUGACCGUGCAUCACAAUGCGGCCGCUUCCGUCGGCGUAGGUGUACCGUCGACCACCUCUCAGCUACUACUGCAAGCCGCCCACACGACCACCCUCGGUUCGACGGGCGGACCGUUUAAUCCGCCCGGUUUCCUAUCACCGGCCGGUGUCUCGGGGUACGAUGCGGUGUUUUCUCCGCUGUUUCACCAUGCAGCGGCCACCGGUAGCCCGAAACCGGCACACUACAGUACCUCAAGUGGUGGCAGCAAUAGCGCGGGUGGCACAGCCUCAAGCGGCACCACGAUAAACACCCAACACAGGCCGGUGCUGAUUCAGGCUCAGACUCCAGGAGCCGCCGUAGCAGCAGCGGCGGCAGCGGCCGCAGCCGCAUCGACAACCGGUGGAAAGCCACAGCCGGACAAUCUGCGCGAUACUUACUCAGCGUCGACGGCGACGAGCGCUGCGGCAGCGGUUGCCCAGCACCAACAGUCGCUGGUUUCGUUUUUCGAACAGCAAGCCACCACCACUCACAACAGCACGCUAAAUAAUGGCCCGAAUGUGGCGGGUGGCAGUACCGGUGGUGCGACAGGACUGGCCAAUUCUUGGCAGAACAAUAGCAACCAGCUGCCCAGCCCGUUCGGUAUCAUGCCACACGAAAACGUGAUACCCUCGAGCCCUUCGUCCAACACCAACCCCGUGAUAGGUGCUCCGGUGGUGACGAAAUACGAAAACUUUGGCUCUCACUACGGCAACACGCUACAUCACGCGCAACAUCAGCAGCAGCAGCAGCAACAACAACAACAACACCAUCAGCAACAUCAGCAGCAACAUCAACAACAGCAAUUAGCUCCUCCAUUGACGGCUAAAGUGGCGGCGGCUUCGUCUCCCGUCAUUGGUCGUUCUUCGUCACCGGCAAUAAAUGUGGUCACGAAAACGGUCGGGCAAUCUGCGCCCAAUCACUCGGCCCCUGGGAGCUACUUUCAAACGGCUGUCCCAAGCGCCACUAGCAACCAUAACAACGGCGGAAGCAGCAGCAACAACAACAGCAACAGUAGCAGCAACAGCAACAACACCAACAGCAGCAGUUCAUACGGUGCAGUUAACGAAUCUUCACACCCGAGCGGAUCGCAUUACCCACCGGCGCAAGCAACCGGUGUUACAAGUAAGUCUUGUCCUUCUUCAGGUGACGGUAGCGUCGGUCGCGAUACGUCUUCGCUCCUCCUGCAGAGCAGCCCCGCGUCCGCCCGAUCGUCCUCCGGCGCGUUGUCGGAUUACAAGUUCGCUUCCAUCCGCACUCCACCGGCACUUCCUUCUCCUUUGCCCACGUCUUCAUCGAUCAUCCUGGCGCACAGCAACGGUCCCGGGACCGCCACCCAUCGAAGGCAUCCUCAUUCGCCAGGACUUGUAGUACAGCAGCAGCAGCUCCAGCAACAGCCACUCUUUCAGCAUCACUCCUUGAAUCAUUUCUCAAUGCCACGACCGUCGACGAACCACUCGCCGCCGGCUGUGCUGCAGUUCGGUGGGAGCAAGACUCGAAUGGCCGCGUUAGGUUCGCCGUCCUCGUACGGCACAGGUAGUGCAGGGAAAACGGUUUCUCAGAUGAUCGUUAGUCAGCAACCGCAAUCGUCACCGAUCAGCUAUUCGAUGACGGACACCAGCGUGGAACUGUCGAAGAUUAGCCGGCUAAACGGCGCAGGGUCUAGCAGUAAUGGUAGUAAUAGCAAUAAUAACGGUUCUAGUAGCAAUAGCGGUAGUAGUAGUAGUAGUACUAGCAAUACAAACGCGCAGUCCCAGCAACAACAGCAGCAAUAUCAGCAGAACAGAACCAGUGCCUCACUCGUAUAUAGGUCCUCAUCGGUUUCGGGUAGUUUCGGUGGCUCGCAUUUGAGCGAGUCGGUCGGGUCCGGUGGUACUAGUGAUGUUGAUACCGCACAGCAUCCCCAUCACCAGCAGCAUCAACAACAGCAUCUGCUACAGCAGCAGCAUCAGCAACAGCAGCAGCCAGCGGCUCAGCAAUCAUAUCCUCCUCACGUGCAGCACAUGCUGGCAAUGGCUGCAGCUGCUGCAGCCGCUGCUGCUGCGGCCGCCUCGCAACCCAACGCCACCACCAACUCCGCGCUGUCACGCGUUCCAUCGUCCUCACCAGCGGCUGGUUCCACAUCAUCCACCUCGUCGGGCGUUUCUUCCGAUUACUCAUCACCUUCGUCCUGCAACAGCAAUCCACCACGGAGAGGUUCUCCUUCCACGCUGGCAGGUUACACGCCCAUGUAUGGUACGAUGUCCAGUAGCGGACAGCAGCCGCCCCAACUAUUCAUUCUCGAUCAGCCAACGUUAACACCUGGGAAUAACGGCGCAGAUCACACUAAAUGCACCCCGAUCGCUGAGACGUUCUCUCAGCAUCAGCACCAAUUUGCCUACCAUUCCGUAAUCACACGUGCCCAGCAACAAUCGCAUCCGUUGCCAUAUCCACUCAACACCGCUCAGCAACAGCAGCAACAGUUGGAAGCGCCGCAUUGGGAAUCCUCCAACGAGGCCAAACACGAUCCAAUGAUGAUGGUAAAAAAUCUACAACGACCCACGCUGGAGCAGGUACCCCCUGGGAAGGUAUCUCCAACGCUAGAGCCGAGUAAACCUGCGAAAGGUUCUCGGGGCGGUGGUGGUGGAACCAGAUCUAGACGGAAAAAGGCAGAUACGGGCACUGUGAGCAAAACGGAAACGAAAGCUAAUGGACUGCCCUUGCGGGAAGAAGUUUCACUUCCGUCGCAUGAAGAUCACCGCAAGGAGCGUGUGUCCAUCAAGACGGAGCAUGAUGGAACCGGUAGCACUACUGACCUUCGAUGGCACUAUGGUGGCGGCGGUGGCGAUAGCGGUAGCAGCAGCAGCAGCAAGAACAACAACUUUCCGGCUCGAGUACCUCCGCCGUACCCGACCGACUCCCCAAUGCACGCCCUCUCGGUUGGGUUUUCCUCGGCAAACAAUUCCCCAUCAACGUUGGCGGCUUCUUCGUCUGCUCUGUUUUCUUCCCCGCCCCAUCCCCACCCACUCUACUAUUCCCAUCAUCACCCUUCGCUCCAUCAGCUGCACCACGUCGGAGUGGGCGAUAAAGUCGUCCUGCACAGCCCACCCGGAGGGGCAGCGAGUAGUAGUAACGAGAGCGGGUUAACACAGCCGAAAGGCAGCAGUCCGUCUUCGUACACGUCUUCGCAACACCACGCAGGUGGCAGGAGCGAAGACGACCGGCAGCAGCGAUGGACGUUACCGUCACACCAAGAGAUGGUAUUGGUGCCCAAUAUAGAGGAAGAACUUGGCUUUCUUGCAGAACACAACGGCAGCAACGCGCGUCGUCCGGCCCAAAGCAGACCCGCGGCUAGCGGGGCGGGCGCCGGCGAAACGGACGGAACCACUUCCGUGGCGAACGCGCCCAAAAAGCUCAAUAUUCCGGAGAACAUGAACAAGGGCUUCAUGGCGAGCUACCUGAAAUUUCUGCAAGGCGAACGGGAAGGAUCUCCGCCGCCGGUGCCACGCUCCGGGCGCAAACCGACCUGGGCUCGGACUGUGCCCGUAACCGGACCCACGGCAACCAAGGGAACCACGGGACCGACGAACGCGACGUCGCACGGAAGCAACAGCACAAGCCCGAAAGGAGCGCAGUACAAUAACACCCAGCCCGAUGCGGCCAAACAACAGCACGACGUUAGUAACGGUAUCGAGGAACCGCAGAGUGAGAACCCAUCCGCUAAUUAUAGUAUUCCUGCUCUGCAGACUCCCAAACACCAGCAGUCGCAGGCGGACGCAAACCGGAAACGAAAGUACAACAGCACCGCGACACCAGGAAGGCCACUCCCAACCACGGGCAAUGCCGAAGGCUCCGAUCCUCUCAUUGUCCCACAACGACGUCCAACGACGAAUCGGCGCGCGAAAGCGAAAGCGGUACAGCUGCAGCAGGACAUAAUUGUGCAUUCCACAACGCACGACUCGAAUGCGCGAACGUUAGAUGACCUAGACGAAAUGGCCGGCUUUGGGAACGAUUCCGAUUCCGAUCCUGCCUGGACACCAGAUGUAAAUAAGGAUGUUGACGAUGAAGACGAGAUGUUCUUGGAUGGGAAGAGAAAGAUGAAGAAAAUAAAAAAUGUCCUUAACGAGAGCGGUGAUCGGCAAUCGGUGAAGCAUUCGCAGGCACGUUCGAACAUUCUCUCAGUUGCGGCAGCAGGCGCAGGUAUAGCCGAUUUCGAUUACGGUAGUGAAGAUGAGACGAAUCCGAACGGUACGGGUGGUGUACCCGGUUCGAUCCAUUCGCAAACGAUGGCGGGAAUGCAGCAGCAAAGCGCAUCAUCGAACCAUCAACACCAGAUGCAUCAACACGUGCAAUCAAUGCCGUCAAUGCCACAGCUCGGUGGACAACAGGAGCAUGGCCAGCAAAUAGUGCUCUAUCCCCAGCAGCAGCAACAGCAAGCAAACAACUCCCUCCAAAAUGUGCCAUCGCAGUACAAUGUGCAGCAACAGUCACAGCAAACAUACAAUGCCGCCGGAAGCAACGUUAUUGCUAGCGUGACGUCUCAAACCAGUACUCAUCCUAGAAGCAGUUGGGACUUUCAGGUGGGUGAUUUCGUAGCGGAGCAUGCCGACAUGGGCCAGGAUUAUCCUCCGAUAUGGCGCGUUGAUGGUAAAAUGCUGCUGCAAAAGUACGAACCAUUUAACGAUCAGAGCGGAAAAGUUCUCUACCGGCAUGUAACGACGUACUCAGCGUGGAAUGAAGAUUCGAAGAAAGGGUACGUCCGAAUUCCGGUCCGUUUCCGGGUGCACAAUCAACUCGAAUCGAUCGUUGAGUUUAUGCGAAACGAAAUGCCUGCUGCUGUGGUUCCAGCGACUGGAGCUGGUGUAGCUUCCGGCAGCCAGAACCAUAUGCUGGAGAAAGCGAUGGACGAUACGAAGGCUUACCAGGACGUGUUCGAGGUGUACAUACAAACGCUGAUAUCGCAAGCGUUGGAUUCGAACUUUUUGAAGGAAAUUUUUCAAGAACAAGAUGAAUAUUUCCUCUCGAGGGUAAAGACAAUCGACAGCCUUACGGAGGAUCGCCGACGACGCCUCAUCCAGAUAACGCCCUGGCCGCGUAACAUCAUCACCUCACUGGCCAUAUUCCCGGCGUAUGACAUCAUGACCGAGCUGGGACACGCGUCGCUCAACAUGAUGCAGCACUGUACGGCCUGCCAUCAGCCCGGUACUGCGGUGCGAAUCACGCUACAGGGUCAAACGUACAACAGUGCCACGUUGGCGCCCACGGAUUCGCAAUAUUGCGAAAAGAACUUCCAACUGUGCAGAACGUGCUCCGGACGGUUCGAGCUGCUCCACAAGAUCUGCCACCAGAAGUACAUGAUGUUCGUGGAGUGUGCCAAGCGCGUCAAUCAACAGAUCGCAACCGACUCCAGCAAGGCAGCGACCGUUAUCCUGAAUGAGCUGCUUGCCGACGAACAUUGGCUCACGAUGCUUUUCAAAGAAGUCCGCAGCAUUUGGGCCGACAUCGAGUACUUGGAGAAGCAGUAUCGUCUUCAAGGCACUUCACAAUAGUAGGAAGCGCGCAUCUGGAAGCUUCGAUCCAAAGUCAAAAGCAUAUAGUACUACGUAAUGCAAAUCAGACGAUCGCACGCGGUAAGAUGACGAAAACAACCCAUGAGAAUGAAGGUUAUUUUGAUCCCCGUUUUCUCACACACUACUCAUCCGACUAACAUCCGUCAAGCGCGUCCUGCUUGGAGCGCAAAUCACUCACAUCGCAACCACAUUCGAAUCACAAACCGGAAGAUUCUUCCUUCUUCGACCGAUCUGUAAACUACAUCAUUUACUUCUGAUUUCUUAUUUCGAAAGCAUUGCAAAAGCAAUGUUACUUCACAUCUCAUCGUACUGACGCCGCUUUUAUAUGUUUGUAAUUACUCAGCAACGCAGGAGCAUCUGUGUAAUGAUUGAAUUAUGAUCGCGCAUAUGUCCUGUUUCAGAUCGCGCCCGCCAAGGCAAUACCACAAGCCUCUACUUGAUGUGUAUAGCUCAUGUAAAGUGUACGACAAAAUUUAAACGAUAGGUUAAUUUUAGGAGAGAGAAAAUAAAUC